AUGUCUAUUGUUCCCAACACUUGCGAGAACGCCAGAAGAUGGCAGUCGCUUACCGUCGAUCAAAACUUGUGCAAGUUCUGCCAGGCGAUAGAUUUUGAAAAGGCAGUCAACCUGCUUGAGCACUCAUCCACUUCUGGGGAUUCAAGUGACGAUGAUGAUGACUACCAGCCUACGGCUCUCGCCGAUAGCCGGGGUCUACUCAUUGCCAGUCUCGGCGACAGCUUCAAAGACAGGCCUCUUGGUCGCUGCAGAAUGUGCAAGAUCAUGUGGGAAAACAAGCAGCAGCACAUGGCCAGGUUGGGAGAGCUGAACGAGACCCUCACCAUGGCUGGCAGUGACUCCCUCUGGGCCUUGCCCUUCUCCGCCAAACUUUUUGGCCCUCACUCGAUCCAAACUUCAGCCAUUCCCUACAAACUCGGUCGUGAAGCUGGCUUUUCCGUCUUCAUGGUGGUUCCGGAUCCUUAUACUCCCAGGGACUUCAGUGUUCCAGACAAGAGGGCCCAAAAGCUGUCUCUAAACAGAGAUAAUAACAUGCCCGUUGCCACGGUUCGCGACAAAAGACGAGACGGUUCAUUGCUAUACAUGCCGAAGCUGCUACCACCCACUUUCGACUCGCGGUUGGCCUCCGACUGGCUGCAGAAAUGCAAGGCGCAUCAUGAUGGAUCUUGCCGUCCACAACCAAACGUCAACACCGAGAUCGUUCUGAUCGACUGCACCGACUAUGAGAUCAAGUCUUUGAAUAUGUCGUAUUCAUAUAUAGCACUGAGCUACGUGUGGGGAGACGUGGUUCCAACACCCUUGAUCAACGGCGUCCAGGUACCACCCACGACCUCGGCAGUCAUCCUAGAUGCCAUCCAGGUCACAAAAGCUCUCGGAUUUCGCUAUCUGUGGGCAGAUCAGUACUGCAUUAAUCAAACGGACCCAGUCGUCAAGAUGAGGCAAAUCAAUCAGAUGGACCAGGUGUAUGGCCAGGCUGAGCUGACCAUCGUGGCUGCAUGUGGCGACAGUGCCGCCUACGGUCUGCCCGGCGUGUCUCACCGGCGAUCCAGAGAGCAAUUUCAGCAGCCUAUUGAGCAGGGGAACUACCAAGUCGUGGAGCUAGGCCCUGAUGCCUUGUCAGACACGGCGAGUUCCAAAUGGAGCACCCGUGGAUGGACAUUUCAGGAAGCCUGGUUAUCGAGGAGACUUCUAGUCUUUACAGACAAACAGUGCUACUUUGAAUGCGAGGCCAUCUCUUGCGCCGAGAGUCUCGAUUAUGGAGAGUGCAUCUGGGAUUUUGAUGAUAGGCCCCGGAACUUUAGACGUCUCGAGUUUGGGCCCUUUUCUCGCUUCGAUGAGUUGACAAGUCUCCUGUGGCCGUCGGCUCAUAUCGAUGAGGUUCGAACUCUGCUACACAGCUUCAGCAUGCGGCAGGUCAGAUUUGAUCAAGACUCGCUCAACGCCGUGGUAGGCGUGCUCAACUCUUCGCAAAAGAUGCACCUCGGAACCGAGUACGGAGCGGCAGGAGGUUCAGUCCUCUUCACAUCAGCUGUCGGGAUCCCGCUCCUUGUUGGAGAAUAUAACGGACAGCCUGUGUUGCAACAAACCCUCGUGACGGGAAUGUCGUGGGUACAUGUUGUGUCCGGCAGAGGGCGCUCGCUACAAGGUGCAAUUCCCCGUCGACGGACUGCAUACCCGUCUUGGACCUGGGCGGGAUGGGAGGGAGCCAUCGAGACGCUCUGGAUAUGGAUGCACAACAUCGACUUUGACUCGGCCAUGGAGAAUACACACGUAACAACUCAUCAAAAAGGAAGCAAAACGUGGAUUCCCAUAUCCGAGGUCAAACCAACCACUCAAGCAGUGACCCUAUGCUUCGACGCCUUACAGAUACCUCAUGACUGGCUGGGCUUCAAUGUUGGCCUGGACGAGUGGCAGUUGCUCGGACUCUCGACUUGGCUGUAUGAGACGGAGCCUAUCGUGCCUACAGAUCUCCUCGGGAGUCUGCAGAGCGGACAUCAUAGUCUAGCUCUAGUGGGGUACUCGAGCGAGGAAUGGAAGUGUCUAGCAUGGAUCCUACGUAAGACUACCUCAGCCUGGGCGAGAGCUGGGGUGCUUUACCUUGAGCGUGGAAAUCCUGCUGUCGCAGAAUUCAACAGUAUGGACCAGACUAGGUCUACUGUGCCUUGGGAGGUGGAAUGA